AUGCAGAGCCCGCAAGGAAAUUGCAUCAAUCUUAUACCUCGAUGCCAUCAUGGAGAUGGAUCCCCUUCAGAUUUAGACUCAGGGGAAACAACUCCAGUAUUCGAUGGCAAGAGUCAGAUCAAAAGCCUAAAUACCAAAAUACAUGAGAAGAUACGCUCAAAACCGCCGUACCAUGUCUUCACACACAAGAAGAAGAAGAAGCUCAUGUAUCUUGCUGCCACCGCUGGUUUGUUUUCAUCACUUUCGGCCAACAUAUACUUCCCUGCCCUCGGUCAGAUAUCAAGGGAUAUCAACGUCGGUCUGCCAUUACUCAGUCUGACCAUUACCGUAUAUAUGGUUGCACAGGCAUUUGCACCGUCAUUUUGGGGACCGCUAUCAGAUACCCAAGGGAGACGAAUUACAUUCAUAGGAACAUUCGGGGUAUAUAUCAUCGCCAACCUAGGUCUUGCUCUCAGCACUGGCUUCGUGCCCCUGAUGGUGCUCCGUGGCAUGCAAGCAGCCGGCAGUGCUGCCACUAUAUCAAUUGGCCAGGGACUGAUAGGCGACAUCGCCACCCCCAAAGAACGGGGGUCAUUCACAGGAACUAAUCAAGGAAUCCGUAUGUUUGGACAGGCAAUCGGCCCCGUUUUUGGUGGCAUUAUCGCCCAGUACCUUGGUUACCACGCCAUAUUCUGGGUCCUCUUUGGAGGGGGAAUCUUCGCCCUCACCAUCCUCGUUGUCUUUCUGCCCGAGACCCUCCGAUCCAUUACUAGCAAUGGCACCGUCUGCUUAAAGGGCAUCCAUCGACCAAUAUACUACAAGUUCACCCAGUCAGAGGAGCAUCUCGUUGAGCGAGAAAUUCCCACAAAGAAGAAAUUAACGUCGUCCAUGGCUUUUGGACCAUUUAUGCUUCUUCUCGAAAAGGACGUGUUUAGCGUUAUCUUCUUUGGCUCGAUGGUCUACGCAGUGUGGAGCAUGAUGACCUCUAGCACCACGGCACUCUUCCAAGACCGCUUCAACCUCUCGGAUCUCCAAGUCGGCCUAGUCUUCCUCCCAAACGGUAUAGCAUCCAUGCUCGGCUCCUAUCUCACUGGGAAACUUUCCAAGCAUGACUGGGCCGUGAUGGAAGCCAAAUAUCGAGCGGCCAAGGACAUCCCUGAUUCAAAUCCUCUCAAUAAGAAGGAACUCGUCGACUUCCCCUUUGCCCAGGCUCGGAUGCGUUCUAUUUGGUGGAUGGUCCUCAUCUUCAUUAUCUCCAAUGCUCUAUAUGGCUUCUCGCUCAAUUUCAACGUCCUCGCCGUUCCCCUUAUCCUUCAGUUUCUAAUCUCGUACACCGCGAACUCAAUAUUCGCUCUCAAUUCCACACUCGUCGUUGACCUCUUUCCCCAAGCCUCGGCCAGCGCCACCGCAGUCAACAACCUUGUGCGCUGCCUCAUGGGCGCCGGUGGUGUCGCCGUAGUGCAGCUCAUGGUUGACAGAAUUGCCUCUGGUCCAACAUUCGCUAUCUUGGCUGCCGUCACCGCUGUUCUGACUCCGCUUCUUGUGAUCCAGUGGCGUAAUGGCCAGCGGUGGCAAAUAGAACUCAAAGAUUGCAUCGCUGCUUGCGAGGCACGUAGGGGAGCAACAGACCCGGAGAAGGCUAGGACCUAG